CAAUGUAGUUUUAGAGGGGUAUAGCUUAUACUGGAAUAAGUGGCUUACGAAUAGCUUUAAAUACAGUCUACUCGGGCGGUAUGGAAGUUUCUUCCAUCUUGGUUCUUUUCUGACUUGUUUUACGAGAAGCCGGCUCGAGUUUCAAUUUAGUACAUUUUUCGAGGGUAAUUUAAAAUUGCUAUGUGUCAGAAAACCGAAUAUUUCCGUGAUUAAAUAUCAGCAGAAUGAAUUAGGUAGGAAGUAUUUAAGUGUAGGCUAUCUUUUUAGUCUAGUAUGUGGGGAAUGGCGUGUGGCUGGGCCUACCUAUACAAGGCUGUUGACUAUGAUAAAUACGAAUUCGAGGAGACUAUUACGUAGUAAUGCUGAUUAAAUGUACUAGAUUAGCAAAAUUGUGCUUUAAACAAGCUGGAUCAAGAUCUUAUGUUAAGCAGUUUGUAACAAAUUCAGUAACUUAUAGUAUGGCUGUUGUACCUAGUCGAGCCCGAGUGUAUGCAGAUGUGAAUUCUCAUAAGCCUCGUGAAUAUUGGGAUUAUGAAAGUUAUGUAGUCGAUUGGGGACAACAAGAUGAUUAUCAGCUGGUCAGAAAGCUUGGCAGGGGCAAAUACAGUGAAGUUUUUGAAGCCAUCAAUGUUCUCAAUAGUGAAAAAUGUGUAGUCAAAAUACUGAAACCUGUAAAGAAGAAGAAAAUCAAAAGAGAAAUAAAAAUAUUAGAGAAUCUUAGGGGAGGUACAAAUAUAAUUAGUUUAGAAGCGGUUGUAAAAGAUCCUGUAUCUAGAACACCGGCAUUAAUAUUUGAACAUGUUAAUAAUAUUGACUUUAAACAUCUUUAUCAAACCCUCACAGACUUUGAUAUAAGAUACUAUUUAUAUGAGCUGCUCAAAGCGCUAGAUUAUUGUCAUAGUAUGGGAAUUAUGCAUAGAGAUGUUAAGCCCCAUAAUGUCAUGAUAGAUCAUGAAAAUAGAAAACUACGCUUAAUAGAUUGGGGUUUAGCAGAGUUCUAUCACCCUGGACAAGAAUAUAAUGUCAGAGUAGCAUCUAGAUAUUUUAAAGGCCCUGAACUGUUGGUAGAUUAUCAAAUGUACGACUACUCUUUGGAUAUGUGGUCGUUGGGCUGUAUGCUUGCGUCCAUGAUCUUUAGGAAAGAACCUUUUUUCCAUGGACACGAUAAUUAUGACCAACUAGUUCGCAUAGCUAAAGUAUUAGGUACAGAAGAGCUUUUUGAAUACCUUGAUAAAUACCAUAUAGAAUUAGAUCCAAGGUUUAAUGAUAUUUUGGGAAGACAUUCAAGAAAAAGAUGGGAACGAUUUGUGCAUAGUGAGAAUCAACAUUUAGUGUCACCAGAAGCACUGGACUUUUUAGAUAAAUUAUUGCGCUACGAUCAUCUGGAGCGUUUAACAGCUAGGGAUGCUAUGGAACAUGCAUAUUUUUAUCCUGUAGUAAAAGAACAAUGUCGAAUGAUGUCUACGGUAUCUUCAUCCCCAACUCCAUUGUCAGCUGUAUUGUCUGUGGUGGGAGUAGGCGAAUAACCGGCCAGAUAAAGUCAGAAAUCUUCAUUUCACUGAGAUAUUAUUUCUUGUUUUUGCCAUACUGUACACUGUGUAAAAUAGUCACAAAUCUGUCCUAGAAAGUAUGGCUGUUUGAGAGCAAUUUUGUUGGUUAAUUUUAUAAAUGUCUAUAACGCCGAGUAUUACAUAUAAUUGGUAAGAAACAAGCAUUUAGAUUGAUAAAAACACUAUACUUUGAAGGCAAGCAAAGUUUUUAUUUCCUAUAUAUUUGUAAUUUUAACCUGUCAAAGUUGCAUUUUUUCAGUUAUUUAUUUAUAUUAUUGCCAAGAUACAAAAUCUUUUGAUUUUUUUUCUCUUUCGAUUUCAUAUGAAAGGCAAUUUUAUAACAAUGACAACGUCCCUUGAUUUCAAUUUUGUCAUAGUUCGUUACCAAGUUAUUUGAAUUUGUUAUUUUCCAAAAUAUAAAUGUACUAUAUUGUUAAAAAUUGUAUUGUUUGUAAGUUUAUCUAUAUUUACAAGGAAUUACUAGUGUAUUAUGGAAGAGCAAUCUUAAUUUACUAUGUGUAAUUGGGAGUGAAAUUAUUCCAUACCAGAUUAUUCUACGUGAAAGUGGUGCCUUCCUUUUUAUAAAUUUAUCCUGAUAUGUGUCAUAAUAAGCGUCUGAUUAUUAUGACACGUGAUUAUGCCAAAGCACAACCAGAAUUAGAAGAACUGAACCUGGUUUUUGAAACUGAGUUGCUUAUGUUUUAUCCUUCUACUUGGUUUCAAAUGUACUUCAAAUAACUUAGGUUUGCCUUGCAAUUUGGUAUGGAGUAAGUAGCAAAAUUAUUAUGUACAUUAAUUAAGUAAACUAAAAAAAAGAAUGGAAUAAAUAUUUUUUUGUAAUUUA